AAAUGGCUGAGCAGCAACGACCUACGACAACACAUGAAAUAACUUACUAUUUGAAUAUCGAAAAUGCAAAAAUUAUUGCCCUCUUUAUGGUCACAGGGUUUCUGAUGUACCAUGGAGUAAUUCACCUGAAAUACAGUAAUGAUACUUGUAAAUGGUUACUAAGUGAUGGGCGCUUCCCUGGUUACAACACAUGGCAACCCUAUGGGUGUAUGAUGCAUAAAUAUACAAAGAGUGAUGCUCGCAUGUGUAUGCAUUAUAUAUCCUACUGGGGGAAGAGAAAUCAUAUAGCCUUCCUGGGAGACUCAAGGAUAAGACAGCUUUACUUUGAGUUUGUAAAUCUACUCAGUAAUGAACCAGUCAAAAGUCAUAAAGCCCAUACGAAUUUACACUUUAAGGAUGAUGAAAUCAAAGUGUCCGCGGAUUUUCUGUGGCAUCCUAUGGUCAAUACAUCCAUGUUUUAUGUUUACAAAUCGUGGUUGAUGAAUGAGCCAUUGAACAGACCUAAUCAGAUCAUUACUGGUAGUGCUACGUGGAGCAUCAAGUUGAAUAAUGCAAGUGAGGAUGCAUUAAAGAAUUUCCAAGUAAAUCUAACUAUGAUACAACCAUUAUUUAAGAACUUGAAAGCUGACAAGAAUACAGAUAUCAUAUGGAUGUUACAAGACCCUGUUGAUGAAAAUAGACUAGGUCUAAACAGAUCCAUGAUAACUAACAGACAAAUAGACCAGUAUAACAAAGUGGCUAUAGAUUUAUUAGAUGAGAGCCAGGCUAAGGUAUGGAGUUCCUCUAGACUUGUAGCCCAAGGAAUCAGACAACCUGCAAAAAAUAUACCCGACGAUGGGCUACAUAUAUCUAAGCCAGCACUACAACUGGAUGUGCAGAUAUUGUUAAAUAAGUACUGUAAUGAUCAUAUGAAUUAUAAUGAUGGGACAUGUUGUCGUAGUCCAGAGACAGCUACCACAGUACAGAUUAUUACAGCAGCUUUCUUCCUUGUCUGCUUUGUAUCUGCCAUAGCUUUGUUUGUCUACAAGAGAAGACUUCCAAGAAAUGGUAUAAAGCCAAGAACAGAAAAUGGAAACAAAAAUGGAGCACCAAAAGAACCGUAUGAAGCUCUAUAUGAAGUUACGGUAUCACUAGCCAAACUUGGAAUGAUUAUGGGAUAUGUGUAUCUGUGUGAUAGAACCAACUUCUUUAUGAAGGAGAAUAAGUACUACACACAUGUGAACUUCUUCCUACCAUUUGCUUAUGUGAUGAUCCUGGGAUUCUUCUUCACAGAGAGUACAGAACAGACUGUAGUGUUACAUAGAGACCAGACUGACGAAUGGAAAGGUUGGAUGCAGCUUGUUAUAUUAAUUUACCAUUUAACUGGAGCCAGUAAGGUUUUGCCGAUCUACAUGCAGAUACGAGUACUUGUUUCCUCAUACUUAUUUCUGACUGGUUUCGGCCAUUUUUCAUUCUUCUGGAAGAAAGGAGAGUACAGUUUAUACCGAUGCAGUAUGGUGCUUUUCCGUUUAAACUUCCUGGUUAUAGUGUUGUGUUUUGUUAUGAACAGACCAUACCAAUUUUAUUAUUUUGUGCCACUGGUUUCCUACUGGUUUCUUGUUGUGUAUGUCACCAUGGCAAUAUGGCCCCAUGUAACUGCAGCUUCAACUGAAGUCGGAAAAGUACACUAUUUCUACAUGGUGGCCAAGUUUGUCAUAUUAAUAACAUUGAUAGCUUUGUUUUACAUGUCAGAGGUGUUUUUUGAUAAAGUAUUUCUACUGAGGCCAAUCAAAUCUUUGUUUGUAUUACAAGAUGAUUCUAUAUCAGAGUGGAGAUUUAGGUGGUCGUUAGACAGAUAUAGUGUUGUUUAUGGAAUGGUAUUUGGAUUUGUUUAUGAGUUAGCUAAAAAAUACAAGUUUAUAGAUGAUAGCAACAAUGAGAAUUUAUUUUCAAGAAUCUUUUCAUCGUUUGUUGUGUUCUUAGGCCUUUUAGGUCUUGGUAGUUAUGUUAUUUUUACAUUCCUGUGUAAGAACAAAGUCGAGUGUAACCAGUUCCAUUCCUAUCUCACCAUUAUUCCUAUUGUAUCUUUCAUAUUAAUACGUAACGUUCCUGGAUGGCUGAGAACAAAGUACAGCUCAUUUUUUGCAUGGUUUGGUAAAAUAUCACUAGAACUUUUUAUAUCUCAGUACCAUAUUUGGUUAGCAGCUGAUACCCAUGGAGUAUUGGUUCUCAUACCAAGUUAUCCUGUUCUAAAUGUUAUAAUUACGUCUUUUAUAUUUAUAUGUAUUAGUCACGAAAUCUCUAAAAUAACAGGGGCAUUAACAAAACACGCCAUUCCGUCAGAGUGGAAGGCAUUGUUACGUAAUUUUAUUAUUUUUUGUUUGAUCCUACUGCCAGUAUGUAUUUCUCAUGGUGUGCUUUCUAUUUAAUAGAUUUUUUCUUGUUAUUCUUUAUUUACUGUAGAUUCAGAAAUUAUAUUUUCUUUAUUGAUUAGAAAUGGGACAUCAGUUUUGCAUUAACAAAAACUCAAAGGAGUGACAAGUAAAAUCACAAAAAUACUGAACUCAGAGGAAAAUUCAAAAUGGAAAGUCCCUAAUCAAAUUGCAAAAUCAAAUGACGAUUAACCUUCAUAAUGUUUUUGCAAUCACAUUAAUUAGAUUUCACAUUUUCACCAGUGGUCAAGGACUAACAAUUAUUUAUACACAUACUAAUUUCUGAAUUUACAGUAUAUUGUGUGCUAUUUAUUUGAUUAGUCAAUUGUUAAAAAUUGUUACUGCCAAGAAUGAUAAAAAUGAUUUUUAUGUUUCCAAACUGUAAAGCUAAAGUGAUACAUAGCUAGCGAUCAAUUUUGUUCUCUUGUGUCUUUUCAUCUACACUUUUUACAAUAAGUCACUUCUUGAAAACAGUUGACAAAAUGAAACUAAAUUAACACAAAUUCUAAUACCAAUGCAGUUUUAUUGUGUUUGUGUUAAACAUAAAAUUUGUGUAUCCCUAUGUGACAUCCAUUCAUCCAUUCCUUUAUUAUUAUUUUUUUUACAAUUUUUGGAGUUUUCCUUACAUUACACUUAACCUUCUCUGGUUAUAUUAGGUGCUCAGUUGUUUAUUCCUGUUUUUCAUUAGAAAAUAUGUUCAUUUUUGUUCGUUUUUUUUGUUUAUGAUGACAGCUGAAACAGGGUAUAAUCAAAUAACUUUCACAUUUUUAAUAGAAACAUUAAAAUAAUUAUAAAUGCAACUUAGAAUGGUGAAAAAUUACUAGUUUAUCUGAGAAUAAUUUUUUUUAGAGUUUUUUGGGAUAAAUUUCAUUAGACAUUUUGUUUUUUUAAAUAAAACCUCUCAACACAAUUGCCACUGUAUUGAUGCUUGUUCUUUUUUUUUUUGUCAAUGGACAAAUAGAUAUUGUUUAUUGUGCUUGAUAUGUUAAAGCAGUUUAAAUUUACAACUUUUAUUUUUUGUUGGACAGCAAAUAUUUAUGUAUAAAAAAAUAUUGUUUAUUAUAAGAUUGCAAAAAAUAAUGCAAAAAAUAAUCCUAUUUUUGUUUUACAUUGUCAAAUUUUUUGGAAUGUUAUGUCAAGUGUACAUAAAUGUAGGUUAUAGUGCUUUUUUGCCUUUUAAAAACUGUUAAAAAAUGCACAAUGCUCAAAUAUACCAUUGAAAACUUUACAAAUAAUACAAAGUGUUUAAAAAUACCAUUGAACACUUAAUUUUCUGAUUAAAGUUAUACCACAAUUUGAUUAAGCUCAUGUGUCAGUGCUUCUGUGAAUGGAUCUAACACCUCUCUGUCUUACUUUCUAUUCUUAAAGACCUUUCUCAGAUCCUCUAAUUUGCUUGUAAUGAUGCAAACCUUCAAAUUUUUAGAGAAAUAAAUUUCAUUGGUUGAUGUGAUAAUUGUUGAAAAAGAGACUAAAACGGAGCUUUUUCAGAUCCUUUUAAGCUAUUUAAGCCAGGAUACAGAAUCUUAAUGUUGUGGGAAAAUUUACGGGGCACUGUUAAAUUAUUUUUAUAAUUUUAUUUGUUUUGGAAGGGGGAGAGAAUUGGAGGUAAAUGCUGGGGGCUUUUUUUCUGUUAUCUUGAAUAACUGUUAUUAGAUUUCACCUUUCAUAAUCAAAUUGUGAAGCUUUACAACUUAUUGUUGUCAUAAUGAACAAACGAGGGUCUAGUUGGGGAUUAAAUACUGUGGAUUCAUUAUUAUUUGUUGGAUACCAAUUUCCAUGGAUUUCUUGGGUACAAGUGUACCACAAAAUUAAAUGUUUUCGAGGAAUGACAUAUUUUUUAUAGGAAAGUACAGAGACCUUGACAAAAUCAUGAAAUCAAAUAUCAACAGACCUGCACAUUUUCCUCAUCCACAAAAAUUGGUACCCAAUAAAAUAAAUAAAUUCAUACUAUAUGGGUUAACAGGUGGGGAAGGAAUAAGGCAAAAAACAUUAGAGAAAAAUGGACUUAAAUUUAUGUAUACAGAAAGGAAAAUUCCCCAAACUAGACCCUCACAAAUUGGGUGCUUUAUUAAGGUUUAAAACUAUGUUUUGGAUUAUUGUUUUACCUACUAGUAUCUAAUAGGUCAUGUACAUAUGUUAUUUAUUAUGAGGGAUACAUUAUUGUGUAUGACACAUUGUGAGGGAUUAAUUAUAGUGUGUGCUACAUUAUAUUCAUGUAAUUUUUAUUUUUAUAUGUGUGUGUAUGUAUUGUAUUAGAUGUUUUUCUUUUUAUUGCCAUGAUUAUUCAUGUUCAUGUAUUUGAUACAAAGUAUUAGGCUAAACAAAUUACAAAGUAAUGAAAAAUAUGUGGUGAAAUAGAAAGAAUUUUUAAGUAUUUUAUUCAGAGAUUACGCAAUUCAUAAGUUGCCUCAUAUGCAAAUACACACAAAGAGGAUUAAAAAAAAAUUUCAAGUUACGAAAUUUAAGCUAUUAUGCAAAAUAACCAAAAAAGUUGUGUCGUCUCAAGACAAAUGCAAAAAGAAUUGAGAAACGUUGGCGAUGUUUUUAUAAAUAUGAAUAAUGAGAUUGAAUGAGAAUGUCAAAAAUAUUUUCAUUUUGAAUUUGGUACAUAAAUCUGUAUGCAGAUUUGCCUGAAAUUGUAAAAAUUAAUCAAACAUUUUUGUCCACACCAUUAUAAUCUUGUUAAUAAAUGAGCACACCAAUAUAUGAAUUUACAGUAUUUAAAGGGUAGAAGUUUAAAAAAAAUGGAUUAUGCAUGUUAUGUAUGUAUCAUUGUAAACUAAAACAAAGGAAUAUAUGAUUUAAUAGAUGAAUCAUUUGAAGUAGAAAAAAUGGGCAUUCAUAUCAUUAACUUUUACAAAUCAUCCAAUUUUACUUUGAACAUGAAGUCCAAGCUUUUUAAGUUGGAAUUGCUAGUCAAUGCAUUUUAGUAUGAUUGGACAUGGAGAAGGGUAGAAACCUACUCUGAAUGAAGUGUCCUAUUCUAAUUAUGAUAUAAUAUAUAAAAUGGUGUGUUUUGUAUUAAUGGAUCAAUAGUAAAGUAUAAAUAUUCUGAUAUACUGUGGAUUCAUUAUUAUUUGUCAUAUACCAAUUUUCCUGGAUUCCUUGGUUACCCACCACGAAUUGAAGUAUAAAAAAAAUGAUUUUUUUUCUCUAUCCACGAAAAUUAAAUGAAUCCACAGUAUUUAUGUUAUUAAAUCCCACCCACAGAAUGUGAGGUAUACUGCAAUCAGCAUGUCCAUCAGUCCUUCAUUAGUUCAGUCAUCCAUGACUUUCGUCACAAAUUACUCAGCCCAUAUUUUAAGAAAUGGUGUAGUAUUUUGGCAGUCACUUCCUGUUUGACAAUACUUCAAUUUUGUUAUUUUCCCAACUAAGCUUCUACAUUGAAUAGAUAUAGGAAGAUGUGGUGUGAGUGCCAAUGAGACAACUCUCCAUCCAAAUAACAAUUUAAAAAAGUAAACCAUUAUAGGUCAAGACUGAUUUGAAUUUUUGUCUUGAGUAUUACUAUGUAGAAUUGUACUGGAAAUUAAAGAUACCACCACUGCAAGACCCUCAUCUAGCAAAUAUUUUAAGGGGAAAAUAAUUUGAUAUUGAAACAAUAUGGGUUGAACAUUUUAUAAACGAGCUGCGUUGGAUAGAUUUGUAUAAGGUUGAUUUCUAUCCGACUUAACUCAUAUCAAUCAUUUGUGGGAAAACAUUUUGUAUGUGGAUUAUUGUAUAUUUAUAUAAACAAUGGUUUGUACAUGUGGUAAUUUGGUAUUUAUACUGGGAAAAAUAAUUUAAGUAUAAAAAAACGAUACAACAGAUUUUAAGUAUACUUUUUGUGGGAAGAAUUCUUUGUAUAUAUAUAUAUUAAGCACUUUCCAAAGGGGAAAAUACCUCAACCAAAGUGGAUUCUUUAUUUGAGUGAUAAAAAAAUCAUUGAUUUCAAGGGUACAGGUGAACCAGAAGUUUUAAAUGCUAAAAAAAGUACAAAAUAUAACUGGCUUGUAUGUAAAAAAAAUAUUAAAACCAUGAAUUCAAAUUCCAUGAAAAGACAUUUUUUCUGUAAUCCUCGAAAUUGGUACCCAUGGAAAUUAAUGAAUCAACAGUGCAUAUAAUGAGAAUGUUUAUUAACAUGUUAUUAUUAAAUCUGCAUUUAGGAAUUAAAUAUUAUAGCCUGUUUUCUUGUUUUAAAAUGUUAUUAAAUGAUUUACAAUUUAUAAAAUUGUGUAUUGCAAACUAGAUUGUUGAAACUGAUUAUGAUUGGAAAUCUGUUCAGGGUAAUAAACACAGAAAUUACUUUUAAUGUUUUUUUGUACACUACAUAAAUUGUCUAUAUACAUCA